UGAAGGAAAUCAAUUUUUCUUUUUUUCCAUUCUGUCCUCUCAUAAUAUCGCUUUAUAUAUAAAAUAAAAAAUACAUUUUGCUUAUUUACAUCCAUAUAUAAUGGCUUUAUUUUGAACCAAUAGAUUUUUGUGCCUUCCAAACCGAAGGCAAGGAGAUAAAUUGUAUUUCCACUGCAACUCCAAAUGCUCACUUCCUUGCGCUUCUUCAUAGUGACCAAAACCCAAUAAGAAAGUAAAAGGAAAAAUGCAUUAAAUAUAUAAGAUAAAGAAACCAAGGUCAUUUGAUGCGAACGGGAACGGCCAUAGCUGAAGAAGCAAGGAAAAGCUCAAAACUUUUCACAGCUCAAUGUCCCAGCUCAUUUCACCUAGAAUCUCAAACUAAUUUGUGGACUUGCGAGAUAAAGCCUGGUUCAGAGCCACCAUUGUCACAAGUCCCACAAACUCAGCCUAAAAGAAGACGAAAAGGGCCUUGGUGGAGUACAAGAGCUUGGUCACCGAAGACGGCUCGCAGCAGCUCAAAGAGUACGUUGAUUCGGCUUACUUGAGGCCUGUACCGCCUCCAUUGGGUGACCAAAACUCCAAAACUUUGAGGAGGGUGAUGUGGUCGAUGCGGAUUAUAAAGAUGGUGACAACAAUUCCAAGUACAGAGUGGUGUUUGAAAACCCUCCAGAUUUGAUUGAAUUUGAGAGAGAGCGUCUCAGAUUGCAUCAAGAUUGGGAUGCUGGCAAAUGGGUUCGGCCCAAUAAGCAGUGAAUGGAUGCUUGUAGGUUGUACAUGAUAAUGGCGGCUGCAGUUACAUCUGGUAACUAUCCAAAAAGUGUUAAGCUUCAUUCUUCCAAGUUUGUCAGGUCCAGAGUUAUAGCUUUGGGUCUUUAUCCCAUGUUUUACAAACCUCCUCGUGCUUUUCGCCUGAAACUCAGUUCUAGCAGCUGUUUCUUCUGCAUACCUCAGCCUCUACUAGUGAACAAUUUCAAGAGGAUGACAUGGUCUAUCAGAAGCAGUGUGGACAGCAGCGGGUUGGACCCAUCUCCAACAAAUGGCACUACUGGCACAACACGUUUAAUUAGGGCUAUCCAAGCUAUUCAAACCAAGUUAGGUGGCAAAAUUCGAGAGCUAAGGAGAGGUUUCCUAUUUAAAGUACUCUUCUUCUUAGUGGGUUUCUACUGUGCAACUGCUUAUGCUACUGUGAUUGGGCAAACAGGCGACUGGGACAUUCUAUCUGCUGCCUUUGCUGUGGUUGUUGUGGAGGGGAUUGGAGCCCUCAUGUACAAGGCUUCUCUUCCUUUACUAAUGAAGACUAGGAGCCUGAUAACCAUGUUUAAUUAUUGGAAAGCUGGGCUAUCCAUGGGUCUCUUCUUGGAUUCAUUUAAAUAUGAGUUCAAUGAUAUUUUUGGAUUCAGUAGCCCCUUCAAUUUUGAACUUGAUGCAUUUUCAAUGUUCUUAUAACACGUGGCUCUUUCGAAUGCUGUUUUCUGAAAUGGAGGAUUGAGAAAUUGUGAUUGGUAAACAUAGGUCGUGACCUGACUGCAAUAGUGGGCAUGGGGAUAAGAAAUGGUGGCAUGGGAGGGUGAACUCCGUCCCUCCACUUUUCCAUCUCUAUUCCCUACAUGAAGUUGAAAGCCUCAUACUUUGCAAGGGAUUUUCUGUGUACUGUCCAUGAAAACCAUAUUCUUGAACAAAUAUGAUUGCGGCUGCACUGGGAAAGAAGAAGACAGAGAAGGUUGGUGCAACCAUGAAGUUUAAGUCAACUGGAAAAAAGAUGCUCCUAAAGAUGGGAAGAAAGGGAAAAUUCAGUCUAUGCCAUGUUGGCAAGCAUGGACUAGAAACCCAAAUAAGCCCAAGAAACGAUCUCCCUUGAGUAGGAUGGCAAAAGGUGCUCCAAAACUUUCACCCUAUUCUGAUGGUAUUGAUCUCCCUUUCUCGGAUGAAGAAGAACAAGAGGAAGAAAAUGUAGACAAACAAAAUUUUAAGCCACUUGAUGCGUCCAUAACAGACGAGUUAAAAAUGCAUGAAAAGGACCUUGCUUCCCAUGCUGAUGAGUAGGCAAAACAGGAUGGCCUUAAAAAUGAUCAUGAUGCUUUCACUGUUGUUAUUCGAACAUGGUCUUUGGUAUGUGAUGGUGAAGAUGGCAAUGCUAAUGUCAAGGAUAUAAUAACAGAAGAUUUUUCUGUGUCGGCUCCAGGAAAGGAACUUCUAAGGAAUGCAUCAGUGAAGAUAUCACAUGGUAAGAGAUAUGGCUUGGUUGGGCCUAAUGGAAUGUGCAAGUGUACCCUCUUGAAGCUUCUUGCUUGGGGGAAGAUUCUAGUACCAAAAAGACAUUGAUGUGCUUUUGUUUGAAGAGGACACAGUUGGUGAUGAUGAUAGAACUGCUCUUGAAGCAGUUGUUUCAACUAAUGAAGAACUUUCAAAGCUCCCGAAAGAGGUUGAAACUUUGCAGAAUUCGGCUUCUGCUUUCAGCUGUGAAGAAGAGGGCGAUCAUGGCGAUGAUGACGACGCAGGAAAUAAGCUUGAGUUGUACGAAAAAUGGCAGUUCAUGGGGUCAUACGCUGCUGAAGCUCAAGGUUCAAAGUUUUUACUGGGUUGGGCUUCACAAAGGAUAUACAAGGUUUUCCCACUAAGUCAUUUAGUGGUGGUGGGGAGGAUGAGAAUUUAAUUAGCUAGGGCACUUUUUGAGCAAAAACUCUUUUGUUGCUUGAUGAACACACAAUCCCAUCUUGACUUGAGGACUGUUCUCUGGUUGGCGUAUUUGUGCUGCUGGAAGAAAAAAAGCAUGGGUUGUCUCACGUGAUGGAUUCCCUUAACUCAGUCUUCACUAAGAUUAUUCAUCUGCAUGAUCUGAAACUCCACUUCUAAUGUGAUCUGGAUGAGAAGCAGAUUAAAGCUGCCAAAAGGAGAGGAAAUUGGGUUCAGCCAAAGUUUGUUGCGGCUAAGGAAAAGAACAAGGUCAACGGCAAGGUUGACGAUGAUGAAAGCCUCAGUUGUGGCUCCUAAGAAGUGGACGGAUAACAGUUUGGAGUUCCUGUUUCCUGAACCUACCAUCACUAAGCUCACAUCUUCACUUUUUGCAACUUGUUGAAGUCAGCUUCAGCUAUCCAAAUUGGGAAGAUUUUAAGCUGUAAAAUGUUAACGUCGGUGUUGAUGUGGGGUCUCAGUAUUGCCAUUGCUGGACCUAACAGCGGGGAAGUCUGGGAAAAGUGUGGUUAUAAUUAGUACAACAGAUUCCCCGUUCCUAGUCCAGCGAUGCACAAUGAAGUUUCCUGAAAGGGUCUUGACAGUUUGGCACAAAAGUUUCUAAUUUAAAAUGAAAUAAGGUACCCUGAUCCCUGAAGUGUUCAAAUCUGAGGCCUGAAAAUGGCAUCAUACUGCAGGAAGGGUACUUGACAUCUAAGCAUUUAAAAUACGAAAUACGCCAGCAAGCAAUUGUAUUGUGUCAUACUGGUAAAGUUUUCAAGGUUAUAAAAGGGAUAUGACUGCAUGUCAUGCGCAAUGAACAUACGUUACAUGUGGUUGAGAAAUAUUGGUUGGCAUUGCUGUCACAAAAA